AUGAGCACCCUUGUUAGACCCCACAUAACCCCUCUCUUUCAUCCAUGUACGCUUAUUACCCCGAUACGAUGCAUUUCAUCUAUUACAAAGUUUGACACCAGAAAGUUUGUUCAAACUUUACAAGAGAAAGGCGGAUUUGAUGCAAAGCAAGCUGAAGCUGCUGUUACUGUUGUCAACGGUGCCAUCAACGAUGGUAUCUAUUCCAUCACAAAUAACUUAGUUACAAAAGAAACCCUUUCAUCGAUAGCGUACCAACAAAAGGUUGAUUUUGCUAAGUUGAAAGGUGAGUUGCAAACUAUGGACAAAUCUGAAUUCACUACGUUGAAGAAGGAGCAAGAGAAAUUGAGAACAGAUUUGACAAAUUUGAAAAACCGGUUGAAAGAGGAAAUCACAAAGAAUCAAGCAAGUGUUAGACUAGAUUUGAAUUUAGAAAAAGGUAGAAUCAGGGAAGAGAGCUCGAUAAAUGAGUUGAAAAUAGAGGACACUUUUAGUAGAAUUGACGAAGAGGUAGCAAAUAUGCAACUGCAAAUCAAAUCAGUCAAAACGCAGGUCUUGCAGUGGUUAAUGGGUGUUAGUACUGGUACUUUGGCAGUUCUAUUAGCUGUUGGUAGAUUUUUAUAUUAA